GGUUCUGAAUUCACACAGGAGCAAGGCUUCUCAUAUUGGCCUGGAGUUGGAGAAUUCCCCAAAGACCAGCUGCAGUAUAAAAUUUCUCUACUUGAAGACCAAGCAGCCAAUCAGCAGGCUCCCUGGCCGGGACAAAGUCCCCUUUCGUGAGUCUCUCCUCCCACUCCACCUCCUCUCUAUAGUGGGUAUAACAUUACACCCACUGCCUGACUUUACCUGUCCAGGUGAGCUGCAGUGUUGAAAGUAAACUUCGCUGAUGAAGUUAUAUCUCCCCUGCUAAUGAUAUCCUUCAAUAAUCCAAAAUGACCUCCCACCUCCUGCCUUCCAAAUGAGCCACAGAAGGAAAGUAUACAGUCUGAAGUUGCCACGGUGAUGGCUGAAGCAUCAGCUCCUCCCCUCUCCCCAUCAGACUAUGGAAUCUUGUCACCACCUCCUGACCUGUGCGCUUCAUGUGGCCACAGUCACAAACUGGAGGAGAACCAUGAGUACCUCUACAAGGAUGAGGUAGAUGAUGAACUUGUCUGCCACAUCUGUCUGCAGCCUCUCAUCAGGCCUCUGGACACACCCUGCGGACACACCUACUGCCAGGAGUGUCUCACCAACUUCCUGCUGGAGAGCGAUUUUUGCCCUGUGUGCCGCACGCCCCUCAUGCUGCAGAGCUGCAGGAAGCCUAGCCUGCUGGUGCACAAGCUGCUGGACAAGCUGAAUGUAGCCUGCCCCUUCAUUGACCAUUGCACUGAAAUACUGCCUCGUGGUGAACUGGAAGACCACAUCAAGAGCAGGUGUAAAGGGGCUUCUCACUAUGGGCUCUCAGCAGACAGGAAGCGACGCUCACAGGAGGGCGAGUGCACCGACAGCACAUCAGAGCUCACCAUUGCAACGCUGCCCAAUGAUGGCCCCACCUCCGCUGCCGUGGCCCUCCUGUCAGAUGAACCCGGUCUGGUCAACCCCGCCUUCGACCCCAGCAUGGAGGACAACAGCCAGUCAGGCAGCAUGACCAGCCUGGCGGCUCGCAGCAGCACCAAGAAGAGUGAGUUCAGAAAUUUUGACCGUUCUUCAGUGAGGAGCCGCUCCUUCAGGAGGUUGAACCGGGCUUUCAGCGUCCUACGGAGGACCAAGAGCGGCAAUGCAGUCAGCAAUGAGACAUCUGAGGAGAGAGACAAUGCCAGGAAUUCGAGUGUGCCACAGGAAGUGCUGGCUCUUCCUCAGCUGCAUCACCUGAUCCCUGACGGGGAACUUACCAGUAUUAAAAUCACACGGGUGGAUCCUGCAGAUCCGCUGGCCAUCAGCAUUGUUGGUGGCAACGAGACUCCUCUGGUCCGUAUCCUCAUCCAGGAUAUCUAUAGAGAGGGUGUCAUUGCUCGAGAUGGGCGCUUGUUGCCUGGGGACAUGAUCCUGAAGGUGAAUGGUAUUGACAUCAGCAAUGUACCUCACUGCUUUGCAGUGGCAACCCUAAAACAGCCCUGCCAGCUCCUCCGGCUAACUGUCCUCAGAGAACAACACCACCGCUACCGUUCGCAUGGCCACCCACACAGCCAUGGCCAUGAUGUUGCUGGCGGCCACCAGUCUCAUGCCCUGGCCCACCAUCCCAUGAGAGAUGACAGCAUCCAUGUGGUCCUGAAUAAAAGCACUCCAGAGGAACAGCUGGGCAUUAAGCUGGUGCGGCGGCCAGAAGAACAUGGGGUUUAUAUAUUUCAUCUGCUGGAGGGCGGCCUGGCAGCACGGGACGGACAGUUGUGUGUAGGUGACCGCGUGCUGGCCAUCAACGGGCACGAUCUUCGUUACGGGGCUCCAGAGCACGCUGCUCUGCUUAUUCAGGCAAGCGAGCAACUUGUCCACUUCAUAGUUUCUCGCCAGAUCUGCCUACCCACCCCAGAUAUCCUACAAGAAGCUCCGUGGGGCAUGGAUGGCCCUCCACCAUAUUCCCCUGUGGAUAUAGAGCAAACACUGCUGGACUCUUGUCAGAAGCCUGCUUGCUAUGAAAAGACAGUGACUCUAACUAAGGAGCCGUAUGACUCCCUGGGCAUGACGGUGGCAGGUGGCAUGUCCAGUCGAGGGUGGGACCUCCCCAUCUAUGUCACAAAUGUGGAUCCUGAUGGAGUGGUGGCACAGGAGGGCUCCAUCCGCAAAGGUGACAUUUUGCUGAACGUGAAUGGUGUGGAUCUGACGGGGGUGACUCGAGGUGAGGCCGUGGCCAACUUGAAGAAUACCUCCUCUCCCGUUGUGCUCAAGGUCUUGGAGAUGCGUCCUCCUGAUGAAAGCCUGUGGGAGUAUGCAUUGCCACCUUGUCUCACACCUUCCCCCACAGACAGCACUAAGAGCCCGCUGCCUAAUGAUGACUACUCCCCACAGUGGGUGUCAUGGCUGCAGCUACCCAGACAUCUCUACUGCUGCAAAGACAUCGUCCUGCGGCGGAGCACUUCGGGAAGCCUGGGCUUCAGUAUCGUGGGGGGUCAGGAGGAGGUCAAUUGCAAUCAAUCCUUUUUUAUCCGCUCCAUCGUGGAGGGAACACCAGCCUACAAUGAUGGAAGGAUAAGAUGUGGGGACAUCCUGCUCGAGGUGAACGGGAAGAGUACAUGGGGCAUGACCCACACGGCGUUAGUUCGGCUUCUAAAGGAGCUUCGAGGCAGAAUCACCCUGACCAUCGUCUCUUGGCCAGGCAGCCUGCUGUAGCGGUGCUCCGGAACCAUCCAGCACUGCUUAGGUGGCACUGACCAAGGAAUGUGGAAAUCAGAGCUUUAGACUGACUAACCACCCUAAGCUUGCUGUGUGGGAGAAGCUUAGUUUAGUGCUGUAGCUGUUUGGAUACCUCACUUCUGAUGGACAGUUGAAACUUUUCCAGGAGUUUGGAGGGAGACAGACAUGAGACUGGAUUGUUACCAGUAAAGUUAACUUGUUCCUCCUGGAAUGCUGAAUUGGGAGGAUCCAGGCCUGAGCCACUUCUAGCUAGGACAUUGGGCGUUAUCUGUUUAUUGGACGUACUCGUUGUCUGGAACAGCAUCCAGUGAGUUGGGUGGGAGGAUCGAGAGCAGACACAAUAUGUUGCCAAUUCCAGUAGAUAUAUAUUAGGAUAAGCUGGACUCAGAUUUCUUUACAUCAAUGUUGGGUGUCUAACAAAAUAUUGAUCCAAGCACUUGUAAUAUGUUUCUUUUGUUUGUUGUAUGGCCUUUAAAUGUAGGCUUUAUUCUGUUUGUACUGACAGUGGUUGUCAUCUUCAUCCGUUGACCUGAAGACACGUUGCCAAGUAGUAGUCUGUGAGGUUUUUUCUGUUGUCUCAGAAGCUAUGGCUAAAUUAUCAAAACCACUGGCAAGGAUAAUAUAUGAAAAAAUAAAUAAAGGAUUAAUGUGUUCAUAACAUGCUAAAAAAUAACAUUUUAUUAGGUGACAUUGUGGAGGCCUUACUAAUUUUCUUACUUUUAAGAAAAAAAAACUGACUCGGUUUCUGUGUAUCAGUGGAUGGCUUGAGGCUCAUCAACUGUGGCUCUGUCUGUCACGCUUUGGCCUGUGUAGUAUAUCUGAUGGUACAUUUGGUUAAAUGAUCAAUAAAGUUGUUUGAAAAAGAGUUCAAUAUGCAGAACC